AUCUUCUUCGCAUCGAACUAGUCUUCAGCAUCAUGGCUUUUAACGGUCUACUCAUGGCUUCCAAUGUAAAAUAUACCAAAGCUCGACGUACCCGCAAGUAUUCUAGCGUUUGGUUCCAUGGCUUCCGCUUCGUUCAAUUUCUCGCCUCAACCAUGGUUGCAGGUGUGAUGUUCCUUUUCAUCCAUCACUUGCAAGAUACCAACAUUACCAUUCCGUGGAUGUUCUUCCUUGUGAGUCUGCCAAUCCUAAGAUCCAAUUCUGCGUCUGAUAUCUACAAGCUUCAAGCUGCGGCUCUUACCACAUUCUCAUGGAUCAUCCUUUCCUCACUCCUCCACUACUACUACAGGCUUUCGCCAUUCUGCAAUAUCAUUGUAAACGGAUUCAUGGUCUGCAUCUGGACUGUCGCGUUCACUCUACUCGUGCGGCGCAUGGAUGGGUACAGCCACUGGCCGGAGAUGUACGACCGCUCUUUGGGGUCAUGGCAGAGGCGUCCUUGUUUGCAGGAGCGGAUUUUGUAAUCGUGACUUGUGUGUC